AUGAAAAGUUCCCCUCACCGAAACCUCCUAAGCCCCCCGCCCGACCCGCUGACCCGCCCUCGUCAGAUUCUCUCGCUCACACUCUGCCGCUCAACCUACUCGAUCUCCUCUCCUAAUCUCGCACACCCAUCUCCCGAUCCCCAGCAACACCACGAUCCCUCGAUGCAGCCAGUCUCAACGCACGUGGACCUCCACUCCCUCGAUCGCUCCGACAAGCACCCACCUAACAGAAUCUUUCUCCCGCCGCGAUUGUCCAUCUCACCCGAGUCCGACGCUCCCCCUCAGUCUAUAACCCCUCGAAGCAUCAAUCGGCUCCUCAUCUCACGUGGCGACCCAAACCGCCCUCUCUCUCCGCCGGACUUCUCUCAAAGCACGGCGCCACACCCCUUACACCUACUUCCACCGAAGACGAAAGCUCCGCCCCCGAUCAGCUUCUGCCCGCAGAACGGCGAACCGAUGUCGAUCAAACCAUUCUCCACGGCCCGGGAUCCUCUCAGCAAUUCACCCCCCUCCGCGAACUCGUCUUUUGAACGAGUCCCUCAAAAAGGGCCUGCCGGCUCUCCCUUCCGUCAGCUCUCCGAAAUCACGCCCCUCCUCUCACCUUCUCUCUCGACCCCGCCACCCCACCACCAGAUCACUCAUCAAAAUCAGUUCUCUCCUUCAGCUCGUAUCAUCCGACGACCCUCAUCACUCCCCCAGUCGGCAGCUCGUCACUUCUCCUCCUAUCCUCAUCCUCUCCGAACCCCCGGCCACCCCUUCUCAAUCUCUCCUCCGCCACGCAUGACCAGCCCUCUCCGCUCUCCCCCGCAAUGUAUAUCCGAAGUCCUCCGCACUGCGAUACCCCUCCUCUAA